GGAAUAAAAUCUUGAUAAAGUGAGGAUGGAUGUAGGUUCGGAUACAUGGAUUUAUCCAGCAUCAGAUAAAGAUCGUGAACCCUGUUGUAUGGUUACGGAAGGAGCCUGGACAUGGUUCGGUUCAAUCCUUCUCACCCUGUUCCUUUUGGCGGUCUUCAACCUCAAAUACUACAGGAAGAUCGUCAGCAGACCAAAGAACUUGAAAAAGGAGGAGAAUGAGAAAGUGUUGAAAGAUUAUCUGUUAGCUCAUCAGCAAGGGGUUGGAUGUCAACUUCCAACUUCUCCGAUCACAAUCAAUGAUUUCAAGCAGGCCUAUCAGGAUAGACAGAAGGAUCUUGUGAUCUUCAAACUUGAAUUCUCCGCGGGAUUAGCUCCGACAGAAGAUCUAGAGACGGAAGUCGGUCGAACUCCGGAGAACCAGGUUCGGAACCGGAACCAGGAUAUUGUUCCGUAUGAUUACAACAGGAUUGAUGUUGAUGGGACGUAUAUCAAUGCUUCUCUUUGCACCGGAGUAGGUUCUAGGAACUAUAUAGUUACACAAGGACCCCUUGAGUCUACAGUUCCUGAAUUCUGGAGAAUGAUCUGGAAUGAGAAAGUUCCUGUUAUUGCAAUGCUGACAAGAACAUUCGAUUUUAUUAAAGUGAUGUGUGUACAGUACUGGCCUGCUGUACAUAAGUUUGAAAGAUAUGAAAAUCUGCUAAUACGAACCCUGUCUGAGACAAAAUACGCAAACUUUAUUGAACGACGGAUCCUGCUCCGUCUGGACGGAGAAGAGAACAGAGAGCUGGUUCAAUUUCAGUAUACGGACUGGGCCUGCUACGGAUUUCCUGUAAAUGAAACCUUGCUUGAUUAUCAGAGACGUGUAUCUGAAGCUCUAGAGAAUAGCAAAUCUAAAGGACCCUGUGUAGUGCACUGUAACGAUGGAGGAGGAAGGUCUGGAGUAUAUAUUCUUCUAGAUUAUAAUAUCAGGUUGCUAGAGAAUGAGGAGAAGCUUGAUAUUUGCAGCAAGUUCAUCAAAUUUAGGAGAGAACGGAUGGGAUUGAUAAAUACAGAACAUCAGUAUAGAUUAGUAUAUACUCUUAUACAUAGAUAUAUAACUGCAGGAUUAAAUAGGAAGAAAUGUAGUUUAAAGAACUUGAUUCAGGACGGAGAAAUUCCAGAUAAGCAGAUCAAGGAUGAGUUUAGUCUAGUAUUAAGUCUUGUCCCUGGAUUAGGACAGGGAGACUGUGCAGGGGCGCAUAGAGAAGAUAACAGGUGGAAGAAUAGAGAUUAUUUAAAUGUUCCUCCAGAUGCACACAGACCCUACAUAUCAUCAUUCCAGGGGAACUCAUGUACUGACUAUAUUAAUGCUGUCUUUGUAAACGGAUUUCUGAGAUCUAAGGAAUUUAUUGUGACUGAGUGGCCACUUCAUCAUACAAUCUCAGAUUUUUGGUCAAUGGUCUACGAUCACGAGGUUUCUACCGUCGUGGUUUUAGACAAAAUAAAACCAAGUGGAAGGUUUCCAGCUUUCUGGCCGGAGCAAGGCAAAUCUACCAAAUAUGGGCCUGUAUUUAGUGUAGAGAGUACUGGAUUAAAUAAUGAAAAUGAUGGAUUCUCCGUGUUCUCUCUGGAUGUGAGGAGACAUGAAUUAUCUCCACAUAGGAAAACCCAGGCUCCUUGUGUUGGAGAGAACCAAGGACGUCAAGCUCCUAUUCUCUCCUCUCUGGUCGCUGGUGUUGCUAUCCCACCCCGGAGAUGCAAGAUUUUCCAAAUAGAAACAUGGCAUUCAGGUUUGCUCCCCCUGCUACAAGGAGUAAAGGAUUGGGAGCUGGAAGAUUCAGCUCAUCAACCUGUUAUUGUUGUUUCAACAGACGGUCGGAGCAAGGUUGGAGUUUACACUCUACUAUCCUACUGCAGGGAUCAGAUACAGAGGGAGAACGAGUUUGAUAUUAUCCAGGGAGCUGCAACCAUCAAAUCCCACCGACCCAGUUUACUCAAAACUGUUUCAGAGUAUAAAUUGGUUUAUCAGCUUCUCAAACAGUUGGUCAAAAAACAGAUGAUCAGUACUUAAAUCAGCUGCUAGUCAAUCAACCGAACAAAUUCAGAAGUUCACCAGCUCUUUAUCAGCCCGGAUAGAAAAACAGUUUAUCAGCUUCUAAACAGCCGAAAAGACUGCAAUUUAUCAGCUUUUAAACCACUGAAAAGACUGCCGUUUAUCAGAUUCUAAACAGCUGAUGAGACAGCAGUUUAGCAGCUUCUAUACAGCUGAUAAGAUUGCAAUUUAUUAGAUUUUAAACAGCUGAUGAGACUACGAUUUAUCAGUUUCUAACCAGUUUAUUCAAUUAUUGAUAUUCCAAAAUUAUCUUAUUUGUUUGUUUAAAUAUGUUUUCUUUAUUAUUUAUUGUUAUUUCAAUAAAAAACUUUAAUUCGAA